AUGAAGUCGCCGGCGACCCCAAGCACCACCAGCCGCGGCGUCCAGUCUUCUCCCUUGCCUCCAUUUCCGUGCGCUAGAGGAAAAACUCCUCGGGUCCGACACCGGCCUCCGCUUGGGUACGAGUUCUCUCCUUCUCCGUCGAACAUCCAGACACGCAAAUCACGGCCAAGGUUGCCGCCAGUUGCCAACUCGAGCCAACUCUCAGGCCACGAGCAAAACCCUACCGUCGACGAAGCUAUCCCCAUUGUCUCACGCCGGAUGUCACCUUCUCCUCUCUUUUCCAUCUUUUUAUAUCUAGUUGGCCCAGGCCUUUUCGCCCCUUCAGCUCAGGAAACCCUUAGGGAUUCUCCAAUCCUUCACAUUGCACCAUUUCUUCCAACUGAGACCCAGGGUCUUUUCCUCUCUGAACAAGAAAACCCCGCGGCGCUCACCUCCGCCGUUCAACAACCACGUCCCAGCCUCCGCCCAAACGGCCACCGCAAAGGGGGGGAAGGUGGCCUCUACCCGGUCCAGAACAUCGUUGGCAAUGCUAGGCGCCACCAGGGUCACCGUUGGCCACGGCCUCGGAUCCGCUUUUUCCCUUCUUCUUGCGCGCGUGCGGCCGCUUCCGCCAAACUGACCACCGCGAAGAGGCCCUCCGCCUGGUCCAUGAAGUCGCCAGUGACCCCAAGCGCCACCAGCCGCGGCGUCAAGUCUUCUCCCUUGCCCCCAUUUCCGUGCGCUAGAGGAGAAACUCCUCCGGUCCGACACCGGCCUCCGCUUGGGUACGAGUUCUCUCCCUUCUCCGUCGAACAUCCCAGCACCGCGAAUCACGACCAAGGUUUCCGCCAGUUGCCGAACUCCGAGCACCACCUCUCAGGCCACGAGCGAAACCCUACCGUCGACGAAGCUAGCCACCACUGUUCUCGCCAGAAUUCGUUUCGUCAUCGACGCCACCGAUUUUUGAUUAACAGGUGAAGUUAUAAAAGAGGCAAACGACUAUGUACCAAUCAAACGUCCUUCAUACAUAUCCAGACAGCAUCAUUCAUUCAUACCCAACAUCAUUCAUUCAUAUCUAGACACAUAACAGAGGGCAUGCAUUCAUAUAAUACAAGGCCAAGAGCUUAGACAGAGAAACUUACCUUCGCAGCUUCAAACGAAAAUCGUCCUUUUGGUUCUAGCUCCCUCUGCCCUCUUCGAGUGAUCUUCCUUUUCGGUUGUCUCACCCUCUUCCAAGCGUAAGAAGGUUGAAGGCAAAUGGGCUCGGAUGACCGUGAGGUCUCCUCUUGACUACCAAGUAACGGUGAUAGGCGAUGAGGGUAAAUAUCUGAUGUUCUCUCUAAUGGUGAGGUCUCUCUCCAAUUGGUGAUGAUUAGUGAUCCCCCUGUCUCCAAUGUGAUCCCCCUUUAAUGACCGUGAUGAAAACCCUUUUCAAAAGCCAACCCCAAACUCCUCUCUGUCUUGCAUCCUGCGAGCUUUGGGAUAUCUUCUGGCGUGGGAUUUUCCUUUUUUUUUUCUUUUCUUCAUGUUCACUGUAUCGACUAUCAGUUGGCAGAAGCUCGCUUUCAGAAAAAAAAUCCUUCUCCUUUUGAUGUAUACUUCUAGUCCUCAGUAGGGAAUUAUAGGAAGAGGAGUCUCUGCCUUUUGUUGCUGCCAUUGUAAAUGUCCAUUUUGAGCAUUGCUUUUGUUAAUUGUAUAUGCUGCUUUUUGCCUUUUCUGAACACUGCUUACUAUUGUUUGCUUACUGCUGUUUUAUGCUACAGGAAGGGGUUGACCUUGUUUUUUUC